GCAAUUCAAUCUUUUUCUACAGUAGCAAAUAGUACUUAAACAGUGUUCUAUUGCUUAGUAUAAAAGAGAUUACUCAUGUAUUGUAAUAGUAAGGUGAAUACAUUGACGUAUAAAUUGAUGUAUACGAACGAACAAUACAUCAAUCCCUUAUAUUACUUUUUUAUUUUCUCCCGAUUUUUAAUGCAUACACCUCUUUUCCCUCUUCUUGUUGUGCCGCCAGCUGCUGGUUGUUGUAGCCACCAACCUACUAUCGACCGGCAGUGCGUCCACCCUUCACAAGCAGCGGCAACCGUCCUUCCUCCAUGAACAGCAGCGGCGUUUUCCCCCGCGAGCAGCGGCUGCCUUGCAUAGCCGGUGUCACCACCACUACCACCACUUUCCUCUUCAUCCUUUUCCCUUGUUUCACCUUUUUAAGCCACCUUCUCUUCUCUAAUUGAUUUUUCUUUCUUGUUUUAAUUGGAAAUUUGUAUCAAGUUUAUAAGUUUUAUGUUGAUUUUGUUUUAAUUCUUGUAGAUCUUAUUAUGGGUAAGAGUUUGAUUGAUGAUUUAAAUAUAAUUAUGAAUUAGGGUUUGAAGUAUGAAUGUAAAUAAUGGUUGUGUGCUUUUAUGCUAUAUUUUGGUGGUGUGAUGAUUGUUGGAUAACCUUACAAGUUGUCUUAGGACCUAUUUGGUUGAUUAAUUGUUGUUGUAGUGAUAAUGGAAAUUGGUUUUGGUUGUCAAUUGAGUAAUUGUUGUUAAUGGUUGUGGUUUGAUUAUUUGAAUUAAUGUUAUUGAAGUUAUAAAUGCAUAAUUUUAGUAAAGCCAUGAGUAUAGUGUCAAUUUAGUGUUGAGGGUUGCUAAAGUUACUUGUUGUAAUGUUUUAAUUGUAGUUUUUCUAGCUAUGAGAAUGUAAUGAAUGAUAUUGCGAUGUGAUGACUUUAAGAGUUGUCAUUAUCGUCAUACUAGUGACAUAUUGACAUUGUAAGAUUUAAGUGUGACUUGUUAGAUAUUUAAAGUAACAUGAAUCAAUGUAACUCACAUUGAGUUGAUGUAAAGGAACGAUCCACAUAAUGCUUCUAUUCUUAAAGCGAUGGAAAGACUUGUGUUUUUGUUAAGUUAAUGAUUAUGAUUAUGUUGAAUGAGAUGUGUGUGUGCUAGAGUAAGUGGAGAUUUAUCAUGAAUGGAUGAUAGUGAUUUGGCAUUUAGUUGGUAUUACAAAGUAGAUAAGUGGACUUAUUUGUUCUAUUCCUAACUUAUAAAGGUGCCCAUUUCGUAAGAGGUAGGUAGAACUUUAGUUGGGUGAUUUUUGUGACUUUUUGGUCAUGCAAUGACGCUUACAGGUACGUACACGUAGUAACCAACCCUUAUAUGCAAUUUUCCCUUAAGAUAUCAUUGUUUGUUGUGAUAAUAUGCAUUGUAUCGAAACCAUGAGGUGCUAGCGAGUAACCUUUAUAUGAAGAGCUUGUUGAUUAUGAAAUCCUUGAGCUUAGAAUAGUUAGAGAAUAGGAGUGUCAGUAGAAGGGGGGAUCAUCCUCUUUUCUAUUUAAGAAUUCGAUUAUGUCUUACUUGGAGUUAGAAUGACUCCUUUAUAGGUGGAUUUCAUAUUUCGUUUGAGUUGUUCAGUGGGUUUUGGCAUUUUGCUAUCCCAGGGCACUCAUUAAUAGUAGAAAGUGAGAGUUAUUCCUAUUUGAUUAAGCAUUAGAUUACAAUUAGUUGGUGUGACUCAACUGGAUUAUAUCCGAUUGAUUUAGUAGUCCCCUAGGUGAGAUCUGACGGGAUCACCGUAUAGGGGUAUGAGCAUACUUUUGUCAUUGGGCGCCGAGUGGCUUAUACCGCCCCUUGACCGAGGUGUUACCAUACUGGAUUGGUAUCUCAGUGUGUCUUUUUUCCGAAGGUAGGACCCGAGAGGGUUAGCUGGAAGGGGUAUGAGCUCAUAUUUUGCUUUAGGCGCGGGGUGGCCGAUAACGCCCUUGGCCGUGUCACUAUGCCAUGAAUAGAAAAAAGAUCCACUACUUUUGAAUGUACUUCGAGGGAUUAGUAGUUGAAAGAGAAAUCAUGAGUAAAUAAAAGUGUUUAGACAGAUGAGCAGAUUCGUUAUUGCUGUGCUAUGUCGUCGUCUAUCCCCUUGUUCUAUGUUUCUAAUUGUUAUAAGUUCAUUGAUUACUGACGUGUACUAUUUUGUUUUCAUUGUUGAUGGCUUGUCUUUGAUGGCCCUGCUAUGACACGUUGGUCUAUAAUCUUAGCAUUAAUUGAUCAUGUUUCUCUAAAACCUGCGUUGUGUGACGAGUAAAACAAAAAGCCAAUUACCUGGUUUGUUUUGUUGUUUAUGUUGUCAAUCUAGAGUAAUGAUUAAAUCUCUAUGAGAGCAUAUGUUAUAUGUAUUCUUUGUCCUCAUAGGUAACUGCAGAGGAUGAGUCCGGAAUACGCAUUUGGGAUCUUAGGAUGUUGAAGGCUCCCAUCACUGAGCUUCCUGGCCAUGAUCACUGGGCAUGGACAUUCAGGUCUAAUCCUGAGUACGGCGGUUUAAUCUUGAGUGCUGGAACCGAUUCGUCUGUGAGCUUGUGGUCAGCUCCAACGCAUAGUGAGGAUGCUAGGACUGAAAGUUUGGUGGAGUCCACAACUAAUCGCGCAGAGCCUUCAUUGCAAUCAUACAGUGAUUAUGAAGACAGUGUUUAUGGCCUUGCUUGGAGUUCAAGGGAGCCUUGGCACACUGAUUUUCAAGCUUGAAUAGUUAGGAAAGAGGUUUUGAAAGGAAAAUUGCUUUAGAGAAUCAGUGUGGUCGUAGAAUCAAUAAAACCUCAUCUUUCCGGAAAGUGAAGACCCAUGUAUCAUUAUAACUUGAAGUUCCUUGCAAACUACAUCUAUUCCUUGUUUCUAGGCAUUUUUUAAAAUGUUUUCUAUGCGGUGCUCAUGUGUUACGAGAAAUCAAAAUGAUGAUGAUGCGUUUAACUAGAAGGAUUUGAUAUGUGAAGCUUCUUAUAUAGAGCCCAUAUACUCAGUAAGUUGACAAUCAUUUAUCAUCAAUCCCUUCCUUAAUCCUUCAAGACGAGUUGACGACAGUGUCUUAAUUCUUAAUCCGAUAAAAGAUCUCCAUUUUCUAGAUUUAGGCAACUUUUUUGUGCUUCCCUUCCCUUUGGAAAAUGUACGAUGUCCAAUCCUGACGUCAAACUGGCAGGCAGUCGCCAUUGUGCAUUUUUGGCUGAAAUGAAUACUUCAAUUUUAUGUAUUGUACUGAGCUAGUUUAAGUGGCUAUAUGUGUAAGAAGGCUUUUUGUAGUUGACCCAACUGAUGGACUAUUAGUUUGUUUGCUUUGUAAUGAUUCUAACGCAUUGAAUGAUUCAUGCUGUGCCUGUAAUUUGGAAUUGA